UGCGUUAACAAUAUACGAUUUUCAAGUGCAAACGUUCUUAAGUCGGAAACACUUCUUUUCUCUUCCGGGUUGAUUUGUUACUAAAUGUUAGUAAGCUUUAGACAUGUGCACAACGGUAUUAUAUUUCAUAUCAAGGGCGCUAUAUAAUGAUACAGGAUUCGGAUGAGUCUCUUUGAUCAUCCUUAAAGCAGUACAAACAGUAUUUUGCACUGAUAUAAUAUUUCCGGCGUUUCAUAUACAAACAACCGUUUAUAGAACUCACCCAUGGGACAAACAGGGUCAAAGGACGAAUGGACACCUUCAAGGAAACCUUGUCAAGAGGACGACAUACCACAUCCGAAACAAGUUAAAACGGAUGAUGGUUCCUAUGUAUGGAUUGUUGAAGACAUGGAUCUCUUAAUGCGAUUCGUUUUCCUUGGAUCAGACACUGCGUACAAUGCAUCAAACAAACAUCCACAACGAAAGUAUGCUGAAUGUAUAGACAGAUUGAUUGCCGAUGGAAGAGGUGAAGAUGUUGUGCGUCUAAUAUCAAAGAUAAGUCACUGUGGAUGGGCUCCAAGGCAGAAUUACUUAAUUUUUGCACUUGCAGUUUGUGCGAGAUCUAAUGACAUUGAAACUAAGAAACUGGCUUACGACGAGCUGUACAAGAUUUGUCGUACUCCAACCCACUUUUUCUUGUUUGUUCAUUACUGCAAAGAAGAAAGUGGUUCAUGGAAGGGCUGGGGAAGAGCUCAUAAAAGGGCUGUAUUAAAAUGGUACGAAGAGAAAAGUAGAAACCCUGAAGGUCUUGCGCGUCUUUUGACAAAAUAUAAAGCACGUAAAGUGGCUACAAAUGGUGAUGGAAAGGCGGAGAGAUGGUCUCAUAGGGACAUUUUUAGGCUUGCUCACCCAUCACCAUCUGAUGAUCUGAUGAAACUGGUGAUGCAUUUUGUCCUGAAUGGCUUCAGGAAAGCUAAAGAACUGGCGUCCACGAAAUUAGGGAGUACUGAGAGGGUUACGAAAUUUUUGACUUACACUGAGGGAACAACGAAAGCAAAGCAAUGCACUGAUCCAAAUGAUAUGGUGGAUCUUAUAAAGAGAUAUAGGCUAGAAAGGGAACACAUUCCAACGCAAAUGCUGAACUCAAAAAGCGUUUGUGAAGCACUAAUCCAGAACAUGAGGCCUGAAGCUAAGAUUCGCAAUAUCGGCAUGCUAUCUGCCAAAGGCUUUUGUGGUGAAAAUUCCGACAUCGAAAAAGAGAUAGUUGAGACGCUUACCAAUGCUAAGAAUUUACAUGACGCAAGGGUACAUCCUCUAAAGGUGCUAUCGGCGUUAUUGACGUACGAAAAAGGAAAGAGCACAAAAGGGGAAUUAGUAUGGACUGUGAACAAAAAUAUCGUAAAGGCUCUAAACGAAGCUUAUUAUUUAUCUUUUGAUGUCCUACUUCCAACAAAGAAGCGUUUCCUGCUAGCAGUCAAUGUAAGCGACAAAAUGAAAGAUCCAUGUGAAGGCUGUCCCGCAGUGAAAUGCCACCAGGCUGCGGCCGCGAUGAUGAUGAUGACAGUUCGAACUGAAACCAAAUGUAAGAUUUUUGGGUUCUCUGAAACAUUGUCUCGAAUUCGCAUUGCCAAGACGGACUCACUUUCUGAAAUUGAAGAGAAAAUGGAUUUGCUGCAAGGUGGGAAAGCUGAUAGUGCACUACCAAUGAUGUGGGCCAAAGAAAACAAAAAGAAGAUAGAUGUUUUUAUCGUGUACACUGACAACCUGCGUACAAAAGGGCAAGUUCAUCCAUCAAAGGCCUUAAAUGACUAUAGAAAAGAAAUGAAUAUACCUGAGGCGAAACUGGUUGUGGUGGCAAUGACACCUAAUAAUCAUACAGAUGCAGAUCCUGAAGAAACUGUGGUAACGGCUGUAGAAAAUCACAGUACUGAAGAACCUGAGAAGCCUGAUUACGGAGCGAUAAACAUUGUUGGUUUUGAUGCUAAUGCGGCCAUACUAAUAGCAAAAUUCAUUCGCGGAGAAAUGUAAAAUAUGCAACAAAGUGACUUGAAUAAUUGACGUUUUGUCAAUUCCCAACUGAUUUGUACCUACCUGACAUCACCAAUGACAUCAAGUUAAUGAGUGUCGUGGCGUUAAAGACUGCAUUGGCAUCGAUUAAUUCUAAUUUUACCCAGCCAAAAGAACGAAUUGUUUCUCAUUACGUUGCUAAAAUGCAGAUGUAACAAGCAAAUUAGCUUCGCGAUGACAAAUAGGCACUCACCUUAUUGUGCUCUAAUUUCGUGCAAAAUCAUUGCUAGUGAGAUCGUGUAUUUUUCCGAUACAAAUCAAAUAACGCAUAAAUGUAGACAUUACAAUAUCAUAUAAGGACGUGUUUUAGCUCAUACGGCAGGAAUCACCCGGUCGCAGUCAUUAUGAGAAUUUUCAGUAUAUGUCACAUAGAUGGUUUAGGUAUUUUACGAUUGGUAUCUUAUUUUUCAUUAAUAAAACAACUUAUCAAGUACAUGAAUCUAGUUUCCACUGAAAUGUUUUAAUAUCUGACAGAGAUAUCAACAUGAAAUGUGCAGUUGGAAAAACAGUUCAUUGUAAACUUUACCUACUACUUUACUUUUUUCUUUGUUUCCAAUAUCAGACUGCACUAGAGCUGUCCUACUUGACCUGGCAUCAACGUCAGAGUAGAAGGUCUAUAAUUAUGUAUAUACUUAUUUUAACAUACGAGGGUUACGUUAAAUCCUAAUACAAUUUCUAAUUAUGAAGGUUUGAUAUUCGCUCUAUCCGUUGAUAUUUUAAUGUAUUUUCUUUAGAAUUAAAAUAUGUUAGCGUGUCCGUUCCUUAUAUUUGAUAAUUCGCUAUAAGCGUAUUCGAUGUAACCGUUUUGUUUUACAUAGAAUAAAGUGGGAAGACGGGACGUUUAAGAUUCGUUAUAACCAUGUUCGCUAUUAGAGAAGUUUUGUAUAAUGAGAGAUGUAUGCUUUCCUAGUAUUUUUAACUCGACUAUUCAAAGAAUAGUAGAGCUAUUGGACUCGCCCGUGCGUCGGCGUCCGCGUCCCGAUUUGGUUAAGUUUUUGUAUGUAAGCUGAUAUCUCAGUACCCACUAAUGGGAAUGGAUUGAAACUUCACACACUUGUUCACUGUUAUGAGCUGUCAUGAGAUGUCGUGCAAUGUACACGUUCCAUAACUCUGCUUUGCAGUGUUUUUUUUUUUCAAAAUUAUGCCCCUUUUUCGCCUUAGCAGUUUUUGGUUAAGUUUUUGAAUGUAAGCUGAUAUCUCAGUAUCCACGUAUGGGAAUGGAUUGAAACUUCACACACUGUUACAAGCUGAUAUAAAACACUAUGCAGGUUCCAUAACCCUGUUUCCCAUUUGUAGAAAAUUAUAUAUAUCUUGAAUAGUCGAGCGUUACUGUCCUCCGACAGCUCUUUUUUUUUGCUAAACUUUAUUUUUAUAUUGAAUAAUACAUGUACAAUUACUACGAAUGUUCUAAUAUAUAUUUGCUUCCUUUUUAUACGCCCGUCUGAAAGACGGGACUAUUAUAGGAACGCCUCUUGGGGGUGGGCAUACGUCGGAAGGGCGAUCAGCCGGUGUCCACAAACAUUUCUGGAGCAUUUCUUCUUCAUGCAUAGAGGGAUUUCGAUUUAACUUGGCACAAAUUUUCACCAUCAUGAGACCAAAGUGAUAGUCCCUAGGUCUAAGCUCAAGGUAACACUUAAAGGCCAAAAGUCAACUACAAGAGAAUGACUCUGUCUGGAGCUUUUCUUCAUGCAUGGAGAGAUUUUGAUGUUACUUGGCACCAAAAUCUUCACUACUAUAGAGCACCCUUGAUUUUAGAAUUACUUACCUUUGUUGUAACUAAAAAUAGCUCAAAUUGUAACUGUUUUUAUUUCUGGCUGUUAGAAAAAUUCAAGACCAAUUUUGUGUGUUAUAACAUCCAUGUUAUAUCCAUUUUAGGUGUAUUUUGACCUAGCUCUACCUGGUAAGAAGUUUUGUGUGCAGUUAAAUUAUUUAGAUUUUUUAAGGAUUGACUUCCCUUUGUUGUUACUAUUAAUAACUUAUAUCAUAGGCAGUGGCUAGAGAACCGGAAUCGGUUCCCUAGACUCCGAACUUAUUCGUCCGGAACCGGUUCUCUAAGCAAAAUACUGUGCAUAGGCUAGGGAACCGGAAUUUUAUUUCUAUGCAUAAUACUUCCGAAAUCCACUUUGUUUCUUUUGUUAAGUAUCAUGUGCAUGUUCUUAUCUUAAUUAGUUAAUUAAUUUUACCAUUUCAGCAAGCUAUGCCCUUUUAUUUAUUUGUGUUUACUGUGUCUCCAGAAGUGUACUCGCCGCAUACUGUCCGCCAUAUUGGAAUGAUAAAAUAAACUAGUACGAAUGAAUGCGAAAUCGUCGACACUGGAGCCGAAAUAAUCUUGAAAUUUAAACUUAAAAGGUAUAAGACAAUAAAAGAAACGAUUAAAACAAAAUAAGUAAUUUCAGUAUCGAUUACAUAUCUUUGAACGUGAAAUGCCGAGGUGUUACAAACCAGUAUUUAAAGUGAUCAAAGAAUAUGUAUGAAGUUUUAAGGGCAAUUAAAUUAGUUUAUUCGUCUAUAAACAUGUAAUGACGCAAAUACAAACCAAUAUUAUUUUAUAUUUAGAUAAUUUAAACAUAAUACAAGUUUAAAGCAAAUAACAUUUAAAAACUGCAAAGUAGUUUUCACGCAUUCAUUCGUACUAAUUUAUAUCAUUUGAAUACGGCAGACACGGUAUAUAUGCGGCGAGUACACUCUGGGAGACAGUAAACGCAGAUAAAUGCAAGGGCAUGGUAAAAUUAAUUAAGAUAAUAAUAUGCAUGACAUUAACCAAGAAACAAAGUGGAUUUCGGCAGUAUUAUGCAUAGAAAUAAAAUUCCGGUUCCCUAGCCUAUGCACGGCAUUUUGCUUAGAGAACCGGUUCCGGACGAAUAAGUUCGGAGUCUAGGGAACCGAUUCCGGUUCCUUUUUUAUACUGGUAAAAUCCAUAUGCAAAUAGAGGUGCUAGUGUGUAGCAAUUUGAUAUGACUGGCGUAUAUUGUGGUAUUCUGGCACUGUUGUUUAAUAUCGGCAUCUGUAUGAUAGUUAUUCAUUUUGUGAUUAUAUAUAUAUAUAUAUAUAUAUAUAUAUAUAUAUAUAUAUAUAUAUAUAUAUAUAAUUUACAGGACAAUGUUUUGCUUGUCAAAAAAGCAUGCUUAAUUUACCAUUACAUAGAAAGAAGCCUUGUUCCCACAUGCGGGUUCUGAAUUCAAGCUCUUGUAAUGGCAAUCAGUAUGUAAAUACAUAAAUAAGAGAAUAAAUACAAUAAUGUUAUGUUCUUGUCAUUCCCCAUUAUGCUUUAUCUUAUUAUUAUUUGUUUUAUAUCGAUGACUCAUUGUUACUCUAAAGCUUGUCCUAGGUUUGAGACAUUAUAUAUUUCAGUAAGUUAUAUUUAGUUAUAGUCUAUGAUUUUCUUGAAGGUUCCAGCCACAGGAAGUUUAAAUUAUUGUAAAGUCUGGAUUUUUCCAGAAUCUUCUUUUUAUUCCUGGUGAUAACAUGAAAGUGCUGGAACCUUCCAAAUUAAAUUUCGACACUUUCUGAGGGCAAGGAAAAACCUAAGUAACAUUUUAUUGAAAAACGUUCAAGUAUUUCUCGAAAGCAAAAUAUUACCAGUUUUGCUUUCAAAAAAGGGAAAUUUGUCUUUAAAGAGAGGAUUUAAAUUUGUUGAAUAAACUAAAUACAGUUUGAAUAUUGUGAGGAAUUUGACAUUAUUACUUACUGGAUCUAAAUUUUACUAGGACAGAAUUUGGAAUAUUCUUGCAUAUCAGACGAGAUUUUACGGCUAGUUGUCAUUUAAAAGGCAUUUUUAUUGUUAAUAUUCGUUAUAAACUUCGUUAUUGUUAAUA